AUGGCCGUCUCCAAUGAUCUUUACACGCCGACAGAGAGCUUGAUUUUGGCAAAGCCUCGGCGGCAUUUCCGCACUGGUGUUCGAUGGCAGCACUGGCAGCUGCGAUCCCUGAUAGGAAUCGAUUCGCAGAAUGUCAUCUACUUCCCUGUUAGCGAACAGGGCAACAUCCAUGUUCAACGUCUGAAUACAAAGACGCGAGAGACCGAAACUGUGAAGCGCUUAAGCUUCAUGCCCAGAUGCCUGGUUGCGCGCAAUGGAUGGGUGUGUUGUGGAGGCGAAGGUGGCAAUUUUGCCUCUUUCCGGGUCGGCGAUGGCGACAUCUCAGAUAGCAGUAGCAGCAGAUCCGACCUAUCGAUGGAUGUCGGCGAGCCUGCAACGUCGUCUCUGCUACAGUCCAGAUCAGAAAAGAGUCCCCUGGCCAGGCACACAGUCUUUGGCAAGGAUCGGGUGAACUGCAUCACCCUCUGGUUCCCACCAAAGGACAUUGACCGCUUCGAAGGGGCCUAUGACCAGGAGGUUGCAGUUCUUGCCAACAACGACAGCACCGUGAUGGUUGUGAGCUUGAGAGACCAAGAAGCUUUGGACAAGAUUACAUACCCCGAUUUCAUGAACCGAGGAGUAAUAUCUCCUGAUGGUCGUAUUUUGAUCGCCAUCAGCGAUGACCCCAACAAGCAUGGGAAUGGUGCUCUGUCGGAAAGAUCCAGCUUAAAAGCCAGAGCAAAGAUGACCGAUCCGACAAUAGGCAGGGGAAGCUUUGCUGCCUGCUUUUCAAGUACAGGCAAGUAUCUUGCCGUGGGGACGCAGUAUGGGACCAUUUCCAUCUUCAAUGUGGACGCUCUGACCCAGGUGCCCGACGUGGAUCCAUUAUUAACAUACUUUACCACAUCCCGACCCAAUGCUCAGCACGGAGCGGUGAGGGAUAUGGCAUUUUCACCUGGUCCCAGUGAUCUUCUUGCCUGGACCGAAGACCGCGGUCGAGUCGGUAUAGCUGACAUCCGUACUGGCUUUGACUCCCGGCAAAUAUUAUACCUUGACAAGCCUAGUGAUUUUGAACAGUUGCCAGUCACUGACAAAAGCACCAUCGACCCUCGCCUCUUAGAGCGGGCUGAGCGUGGCGAAAGGGGUGAGACCUCAACGGCAGAACACGGCUCAGAAAGCCAGCAGAAUCGCUCGUCUGCCUCCCAUGACACCACAGCACGUCUCCAUAGCCCACUCAGCCUAGAGGACACAGUUAUUUUGGAAGCUUUCCAAGAUGCACGCCGCCGCCAAGAUCAUAGUACAAUCACAAACAGAGCGAGCAUAGAUAGUAGCAGCGUUAGUGGGAACAGUGGAGGAGGGGGAGGAAGUAGUAGUGGUGGUGGUGGAAGCGGAGGGAAUGGAUCAGGCAGAAGACGAGGACCCUGGGUGAUGCGACCGAUGGAUGAAGAUCGGUCAACGGGGACUCGGACAAUCAACGAAAUCAUUGAUAAUCUUCGCGAGCUGAGAGAGCGGGAGGCUCAGGAGCGCCUGCGGGCCCGAGAUGAGAAUGCGGCUGAGAGACGCCGGUAUGCAACCAACCCCUUUACAGGAGCCACAUCUACUGCCACGCUUGGGGCCACGGGGUCUGGGACCGGCCGCUCGCUGCUCACGCGCCUGAUGGCAAGCGCGUCAAACCCCGCGUCUGCGGGCGGUUGGGACGUUGAGGCUGCUCUGUACGACCCCCCUCCCACCGAAGGGAGUGGCUUUCAAUCUCCACCUCCCACUAACACCAAUAAUUUGAUUUCGCCUACGGGCUUGGACUUCAGAGCCUUCGCUAACCUGCUCGCGCAAUUCUACAGGGCUGCUUACAUCAUGCGCGACUGGGAGGACCCAACCCGUCGCCUGUUGAACACCUACAACAUUACGUCCCACGUCCGGCCUGGCCCUUAUGACACUGCUGGCUUAUCAUGGAGUGAAAACGGAGACACCUUGUUUGUCGGCGCCGAAAAUGGCAUUUUCGAGUUUCGCGUGAACCUAUUUGGCCGGAAGCUUAGUCCCGAUAUCAGGCUGGCUUGA